AUGUUUUUCUAUAGCAGCAGCAGCAGCAACAGCAACGAUGCCAAGAUCAGCAGCAGCAGCAGCUCCGCCUGUGGCAGCAGAGGCUGCAGCGCCGGCGAAAGCACCGUAGGCACCACCAGCAGCAGCACAAGCUCCAGCAGCAGCGACAGCAGCAGCAGCAGCAGCAGCGGCACCCCAGUGUUCCCAUGGCUUGACGACGUCCUGCCGAGUGAUUCGCGGUGGCGAAAGACACGAGUGGCGCGCAGCAGCAGCAGCAGCAACAGCAGCAGCAGCAGCAGCAGCUACGGGCCGCCCCACGGCGGGGGCUGCAGGCUAAGGGCUAAGGGGCCCCCCUCGGAGGAGGCCCCUGGGCGGCAUGGGGGGCCCCUGGGGGAGGCCUACGAAGCUGCUGCGAAGGCCGCGCACGUGGCUGCGCAUGCAGCAGCACAGGCUGCGGCGCAUGCAGCUGUGCUGCAGCGGCAGGCAGAAGAGGCUUACUGGUCCCGAAAGGCCACUCCGGAAGUGGGGUUUAGUGUGUACCCGGACCUCGACAGAGACAUUCAUCUGGACUACAACUUGUACUGCGCAGACCUCGGAGACAGAGACGGAGAGUCCUCCGUGGCUGCUGGAGUUUCCUCGCAAGAAACUGCAGCCCCAAUGGCCGUCGACGGGGCCCCCAGCGGGGGCCCCCCGCCAGGUGACCCCAAGCCUUGCAAGGGCUCGCAGGCCCACCUCGUGCUGGGGGAGGGCCGCUACGGCAAAGUCGUGUUGGCGGAGAACAGACGCACCCACGAAAUGGUGGCCGUCAAAAUGCUGGACAAGAGGCGCGCCCUUGCAGACGAGGCCUGGGACUGCAGGCAGGAGCUCGAGAUCCACAGACGCCUCCCGCGGCACCCCCACGUGGUCUCUGUCCUCGAUGUCUACGAGGAUCGCAAAAGCCUCUUCAUCCUCAUGGAGUUGUGCGACCGAAACUCUCUUGUCGACAGAGUCGUAGCAGACGGAGCCUUCUCUGAAGAGCAUGCCAAGAUCAUCUUUGCCCAGCUGGUCUCUGGAGUCAUGCACUGCCACGUCAACAACAUCGUGCACAGGGAUCUGAAACCGGAAAAUAUAUUGUUUUCGCGAGAGCUGCGGGGCGGUGGCUGCAGCUGUUCCGGGGCUUCCGACUGUUGGCGAGUCCCGCCUCUGUCGCCUUCCGCUUCCCCUUAUCCGUCAUUCCCCUCCCGAUACGACGAGCAGGGCUCCCCUGGCCAAAACUCUUCUGGAGGGUCCAACUUUAUUGUCAAAAUCACAGACUUUGGGUCCGCCUGCUACGCCGUGCCCGGCGAGCUCAGCGGCACCGCGUGCGGAACAAUUCAUUACCUGGCCCCUGAGGUGCUAUCUGGUAAUUACUACGAUGGUUUUCUGAGUGACGUAUGGAGCCUCGGCGUCAUCCUCUACAUCACGGUGUCCGCAACGCCUCCUUUUUUCGGCGAGUCUGUCGGGGAAGUAGUUCAAAGAAUUGUAGCAGGCUCCUACUCGAUGAGCGGCUACCAGUGGCGACACGUCUCGGACGAAUGCAAAGACAUCAUCCGGCGUUUGCUAACUGUCGAUCCACGCUGCAGGAUGUCUUUAAAUGAGACAAUAUCCCACCCCUGGUUUGUACGGAUCAUGGGGGGCUUGGGAUGCUUCCCAACAACUCUUGGCUGCAUGCGCUGCUCCGCUAGAAGUGUGCUCUACGCAGAGGCGGGGGAUGAAAGGCGUUCGUUGGAGGUGGAUUAUGAGAGCUCGUUCUGCUGCAGCAACUGCAGUGGCUGCAGCAACUGUCAUCAAGACGGCUGCGAUGCCCCAGAGCUAAUUGCAGCUUCACCAUUCGAGCUGUCAUGCUGUGCGCCUACAUCGGGCCCACCCCUGUGGGCCCUUCCGCACGCGUGCGGGUUUGCUCAUUGGAAUAGAAAUUAG